ACGAUUUAAAUAAUAUACAUGUUCAUAUCAGCAGUAAUUUGUAUCAUGUUUCCAUUGCAGCAAGUUAAUAUUAUCUCGAUACGAGGCUAAUAUUAUUUAUAAUUUUAGGUAGCCAUAUUCAUCCUGAACGUUCAACUACAAACAUGGGCGUUUCUUUUGUCAGUGACUGUAGUCGCUGCUUUCGUCGUCUGCAAAGUGUCAAAUACUUUGCGCACAACGAAAAUGCUUAAAGACAGUGAUACAUUUUAGUUGUUUGAAAAUUUUAAAAGAUUUUUCAUGUUUCUUACUGUUGUCAAAUGAUUUCAAGUGAACACACGAUAUAUAUACAUACAUGUACCUAUUUAAAAAAAUUGCAAUUUUACUCGGUGAUGGGUAUGAUUCAGUACCGAAGGGCAUCUUUCCGAGGUAUUACGACUUCGUUGGAACGAUUGAUCUAAAAAAUGAACAUGAUGAAGUACACACCCUCUACAAAAGUAUAAACUAGAAUCUCAUCUGUAGAACUCCUUUGAAUUCUGCUUAAAUAGACGCUAAAAUGUUCAUGUCAAACGGGAAGGUUAUGCUUCGUCAUGAAAUGAAAAUCACUAUCCUGGUGUUUUAAACAAUAUAAUUAUUUAACUGCACAAAGGAAAGAGAUACAGUUAAGAAUUGUGUAUGAGAAUAUGUGGUAAUUUAAAAUGUAUGUUGUAUGAGAAAAAGUGGAUUGACUUAUUUGAUAUCAGAAUCAGCUGAUUCCUACUACGUUGACAAGGGAUCGCUGUAUACGAACGAUAUUAAACUAGUACAACAGAUUAAUGAUUCGAUAUCAAAGGCAGUGAUAUGUGAAAAAUAUAUAUUUAUAAUCAUAUUUUUGAACAUAUAUUGUUUAUUGUUCUGAAAAUACAAAAAGUAAAGAAAAUGUCAGGAAACAAUUCAACUGCAGUAAACACACCUAGAGGUGGGAAUCUACAAAAUCGUAAUUCUCAAAGAUCUACACUUUUAAAAGUGGUGAUUCUUGGCGAUGGUGGAGUUGGAAAGUCUUGUCUUAUGAACAGAUUUGUAUCAAAUCACUUUGAUGAACAUAGUUUUCAUACCAUUGGUGUAGAGUUUUUAAAUAAGGAUAUUGAAAUUAAUGGAGAAGCAUAUACCCUUCAAAUAUGGGAUACAGCUGGACAAGAAAGAUUUAAAACCCUUAGAACUCCAUUCUAUAGGGGAUCUGAUAUUUGUCUCUUGACCUAUGCAGUCGAUGAUAGAACAAGUUUUAAAAAUUUAGCACUUUGGAGGUCAGAAUUUCUUUAUUAUGCCGAUGUUCAGGAAGGAUCAACAUUUCCGUUCAUAGUUGUUGGAAACAAAGUGGAUGUUCCAGAGUCUGAGAAACAAGUUUCUACGGAAGAAGCUGAAGCUUGGUGUGCAGAAAAUGGAGAUCCUCCAUUAGUAGAAACAUCUGCAAAAGAUGCAACUAACGUUGAAGCAGCAUUUGGAGCAGCUGUUGCUGCUUGGGCACAGCUUGAAGCUAGACUUGAGCGGCCAUUAGUAGAAGAUACUGUUGAUCUUUCUAAACAACAGUCUCCUCAUCGUUCAAGUUGUUGUAUGCCUGUGUCUGGUGCUGAGUCUAACAAAAUUAUUUGAAGAGAUCUCUUGCCUGUCUGCAAUCUUUCAUCAUAAUAAGGUGAAUUUUAAUAUUACAAGUAGUUUCUCUUUAUUAUAUUCAGUUUUUAAUUACAAUAAAUAUGCUUUAUGUUGCCAAUGAACAUAUUUAUGACAUUUGCAUAAAUCAGACUUAUUUAAUUUUAUUAAUUUUAAUGACAUUGUUUAGUUCCAUUAACUGUAAAUUUGAACGAACAAAUUACGCAAAAGAAAUAACAUAUUGUGGUUGAUAUUUCCAGAAUGCGACUGUAAAGUGUAAGGUCAAAUUGAACGUCCUACUCGUGUCACGCUUUGUGCAGCUCUUGAGCUACAAACAGUAUUUUAAGUGUUUCGUACACCAUUGGCUUGUGAUAAAAUAAUAAUAAUAAUAAUAAUAAUAAUAAUAAUAAUAAUAAUAAUAGUUAUAAUCAGUAUCAUCAACUGCUUUAUAAAUAAGAAAUAGAUAUAUAAAAUGUAAUUUAGCUUUGUAAUCUAAAUUUGCCUUAUCAUUGCAGCACAAACUAAGGGCAGUGGUAGUAAGAUAUAUUUGUCGGAAAAUCUUUUAAAUCGUGUUUACACAUUCGUAUAUGAUUUUGAAACAUAUAUACAACAAAACGUACUCUGCUGCUCUUGGAAUGCUCUGCAGUCGAUGUUUAAAGAUUUUCCUACAAAAUUAAUAGUAUUAUAAACACAUUAAAUAAAGCUUUUUGUACAACCUCA